AUGUCUGGUGAAUUACAAACAAUACCUGCGCGCCAUGGCGUUGCGACUUUUGUACCGAGAGGUCGUACGAUCAAGGUUAUCAACACGUACGGGAAGCAGGUAGUCAGUAUGUGGGCGUUCACUUUGGGUCCACCACCUGAGGAGGGAGACGAUGAGGAGGGUGAAGGAAAGGAACUGGAUGACGAACAAGUCAAGAAAGAGGCAGAGCAGAUGAAGAAGGCUGUGGAGGAAGAGGGGGAGAAAGGUGGAGAGGUGACGAAAGACAACGAUGAGAAGAAGGACGAUAAAGAGGAGUCGAAAGAACCAGAGAAGGACGCAGAGGAUGAUUAUAAGGAACAGAAGAAGGAUGCGGGUAGCAGUGGCAAGGAAACACAAUCUACCGAAGAGGAGGCAGAGAGCCCCAAAGAAGAAGCUGCUGAAGACCCGCCUGAGCAAGCUCCCGAUACACCCGAUAAUGAGAAGACAACCGAAAGCACGGCAUCGUCAUCCAAGCAGCCCAACAAGCGCACUUGGGCAUCUUAUCUCCCUUCGAUCCCAUACCGCAACAAGGGUGGAGCGAACAAGCAGGAGGCAGAGCAGAAGCCCAGUCCUGAGCAAGAGAAGAAACAGAACGAGGAGAAUACCAAGAAGUGGUCGUCAUACUUACCAACUGGAAAGAGCUUCUCCAGUUAUGUGCCGAAUGUCGAAGUACCAGAUAAAAGCGCAGUUGUGAGCGCGUUCAAGUCGAGCCAUUACCGCGAUCCGAACAAAAGCUAUGCGGAACAGCUAUACGACUUUUCGAAGACGCCUGUAGGUGCUGGAACAAUUGCUGCGGCAACGGGUUCAGGUUACGCAUCCUCAGCCUACGCUGUCUACUCCGCAUACGCCUCGACGCAUCCCUCGAACUCUUCACAACCGCCAAUGGAGUAUCUGUCCCUUCCCCACACUCGCGCUGCUUCGCACAAACUCGUACCGGAAGUCGAUGAUGAGCUCUUGACCAAUUUGCGCAAUCCGAUUGUCACCCUCAUCGAAGACACAUCGCCCGGUGCACACGAUACACUGACGGCGGCAUGCGACGCGAACCAGUACGCUUCACUGGGUGUUGACAAGCCAGCAGAACAUGGUAGCUGCGCCGAGAACCUCGUCCUCGCACUUAAGGAGAUCAACGAGACGGCAGGACUGAAGGGUCCGAAAGCAGUUGGUGCAGACAUCUCAGUCAACAUUGCACCUACGCCUCUUCACCUCUUCAUGAAUGCGCCCCUACAAUCUGAAGGUACUAACCAAAGCGACGGUGCAGGCACAAAGGGCGUAACACUAAGGGUUGAUGAGCCCAAGGGCAAGAAGCGUUGCUACGUCCGAUUCCGCGCUGAACGAGAUGUAGUUAUAGUGUUCAGCGCAUGCCCCAUGGAUGUGGGCAAGCAAAAUGGCGGACGAUGCAUGGCAGCCAACUUCAUGGUCGAAGACGUGCAAGAGGGCGAGGACCUGGCAUCAUCCGUCGCAUCUGGCAAGGCGAAGAAAGCGCCAAAGAAGUUAGGCCAGAAGGACAAGGCGGAUGACAAGAAAACAGAAUCCAAGGAAGCAGUUGAGAAAGACAAAAAAGAAGAUACAGCAGGGAACAAGGAAGCACCCAAGAAGCCCGAGCUGAAGAAAACAGAGUCGACAAAACAAGCACCCAAGAAAGUGGAGGAUCCAGCAGACAAGAAACCGGCGGCUGCUCAGCAGAAAUCAUUGGAACCACAGAAGGAGGAGAAGCCAAGCGGCUCGACGACGUCUGAAGAGCCAAAGGCAAAGAAGAAGCCUAAGAAGCUCCAGGUGCGCAGCCAAGGUGCUUCGACGUCCACACAGUCCUCAUGA